AGGCGAAACGAUCUUGAGCGACGUCCAACGCCUGUGAUGGGUCAAGACUACAGCGUGUGCUGCGGUCAUGAUUUUCCCUCCCUGCACCUUUCAGCGCCGCUUCCCAUACACGCAGCUGUAGAAAGGCAAAAUCACGCAGAGCUGAGACAGAUUCUUAACCAUGAGGCGAUGGAUGUCAACAUCAACCAGCAAGACCACAACGGGAACGCGCCAUUACACCUGGCGGCGCUCCUCGGCGACAUGAAGUCUUGCUCGUACUUGCUGCAGUAUGGCGCAAAGGUCUUGAUUCGAAAUCGCGAUGGGCACAGCCCGAGCCAGCUGGCGUUCCAGCAGAAGCACAUGCAGUGCUUCAACUACCUCAAACGUGCUGAGACCAUCUUGCACGCGGGUAAGAGCUCCUCCUUCACCACCGUCAACGCCGUGCCCCGCGACCACAUCACGUACAAGCAACUUGAGAAGCGCGAGGUGCACGGAAACGGGGCAGAGCCGGAGGCUAAUCCUCAACAUGGUCUUGGGGAGGCUGAAGGGGGAGGGGGAGGGGGAGGAGGGGUGUGUGGAGAGGUUUCUAUCUCUCUCAAGCAACAUCUCAACUAUGCGACGAACCCACCUGAGGCUGAGGCCAAGGCUCCUCUGAUAGCCUCGAUUGCCCGGGACAACUCGACCGUUGGGCAAGCAUCAAGAGCUGCUGGCAGAGAAAGAGAUCCCCGCGCCAUCUCCCCGGAUCCUGAUCCUCAGUUCGAGAUUUUCAGAGCAUAUCAUGUUCAUGCAGAUUGAAGCGUUCGGAUAGGAAGAGGACAUCUUUGAAGUUUUAAUUGUUGAUAAGCCUCCUAGAAGUUGUAAACAUAUGAAUCUUGC